AUGGCGUUCUCAUCAGCUGGCCCCGUGGAUAUAUCAAGCCUCACCCGCAUCGCGAAAGACGACCUCGGGCUCAAGCCCCAGCCCAAGGAGCCCACGUUCAAGGGCGCCCUGCUCCAGAUUCACGUGCGCUCCCAACCGUACGGCGGCUCGGACAAGAGCAGCAACGGCCACCGCUACGACAGCAUCCCCUUCGCCAACGGCAUGAUCAGCGCCGGAAUGAGCUGCCAGCUGAUACACUACAAGUUCGAGGAACACGACAAGUUCUUCAGCGUGUGUAAGAAUUUCGACUUCCUCAUUGUGCGCUGCAACCCAGGCCAAAUCAAGGCCGAUGGUGGUGACCAGGCUCGUUUCGACAACGGGGUACGCGGCUUGCGGAAGCUGGGCAUCCAGGCGUGGCCGUCCCCAGACGUCAUGGAGUUCAUGGGCGCCAAGGACGCUCUGUGCAAGGUAGCGCACAUGAUGAUCGGCCUGGCGGACACCCUCUCCUUCUACGACCCAAAGCUGUUUGAGGCGGGUUUCAAGAAGACCAUGGCGUUCCAGCCCCGCGUGAUCAAGCAGAACCGUGGGUCUUCUGGCGAGGGUAUCUGGAUCAUCAAGCUGAAGGCCGGCAACUACUGUGCCACUUACGGCGAGCGCGUCUGCACCGACGACGAGGUCCUCGACCUCAUGGAGGCGAACGACAAUCACUCCGAGGAGCACACGGUGGCGGAGUUCGUCGAGUUCUGCGUCAACGGCCGCACGGCCAAGUCUGGUACCUGGACCUCCAAGGGCGUCGGAAAGUACCUGGAGGGCGGCAAGGAUGCCGGAGGCAUGCUCGUCGACCAGCGUUUCUGCCCGCGCAUCGUCGAAGGCGAGCUGCGCUACAACAUGGUCGCAGACGCUCUCGUGGGAAUCAUCCACAAGAAGCCCAAGGAGGGCGGCAUCUCCGCUGUCGGCGGCACUGGCUCGAUCUACACCUUCUACGGCCCCGAAGAGCCCAAGUUCAUGAACCUCACGGACAACUUCCUGAAGAAGGACCUGCCGUUUGUGAUGCCGGCCCUCGGCCUCGCGUCGGAGCCCAUCCCACUGUGGUGGACCACCGACUUCAUCCUGGCCUCACCAGUGGGCACCCCUGCCGCGGAGGAGAAGUGGAUCGUGGGCGAGUUCAACUGCUCCUGCGUCGGCAUCUCCAAGUGCCUGGCCGCCUACUGCAAGGACGACACACCGAACGCGUGCUACACCGACAUCGCGGCGGAGGACCUUGCCGAGGCGGACCGGUACGGCGCUCUCAUGGGUGAGAAGGCGCUGAAGAUCUGCAGGGAGGAAUUCUCUUCUUCGAAGCCCGUCGAUAUCACUUCGAUCACUCGCGUCGCUAAGGACGACUUGGGAUUGCUGCCUCAGCCCUUCAAGCCAAAGUUCAAGGGCGCCCUCGCCCAGAUCUACGUGCGCAGCCAGAGCUAUGGCGGCUCUGACAAGAGCUCCAACGGCCACCGCUACGACUCGAUCCCGUUCGCCAACGGCAUGAUUGCCGCAGGCAUGAGCUGCCAGCUAAUCCAUUACGUCCACCAGGAGCACGAGGCCUUCUUCAAGGUUGGCUCGAAGUUCGACUUCAUCAUCAUGCGCUGCAACCCCGGGCAGAUCGCGGCCGACGGUGGCUCCCAGCAGAAGUUCGACGACGGCAUGCGCGGGCUGCGCAAGAAAGGCAUUCAGGUCUGGCCGUCCCCGGACGUGAUGGAGUUUAUGGGGGCGAAAGAUGCGCUGUGCAAAGUGGCCAGCAUGAACAUCGGCCUCGAGGACACGUAUUCAUAUUACGACCCCGUUGAGUUCGCGACUCUCUUCAAGAAGACGAUGGCGUUCCAGCCUCGCGUGAUGAAGCAGAACCGCGGCUCCUCGGGCGAGGGCAUCUGGAUCAUCAAGCUGAAGGCCGGCAACUACUGCAAGACCUACGGCGAGCGCUCCUGCACCGACGACGAGGUACUCGACCUCAUGGAGGCGAACGACAAUCACUCCGAGGAGCACACGGUGGCGGAGUUCGUCGAGUUCUGCGUCAACGGCCGCACGGCCAAGUCUGGGACCUGGACCUCCAAGGGCGUCGGGAAGUACCUGGAGGGCGGCAAGGCGGCGGGCGGCAUGCUGGUGGACCAGCGCUUCUGCCCGCGCAUCGUCGAGGGCGAGCUGCGCUACAACAUGAUCAUGGACGAGCUGGUGGGUAUCAUCCAUAAGAAGCCCAAGGAGGGCGGCAUCUCCGCCGUCGGCGGCACUGGCUCGAUCUACACCUUCUACGGCCCCGAGGAGCCCAAGUUCAUGAACCUCACCACCAACUUCCUGCAAAAGGAUCUGCCGUUCGUGAUGCCCGCGCUCGGCCUGGCGGACGAGCCCAUCCCACUGUGGUGGACCACCGACUUCAUCCUGGCCUCACCAGUGGGCACCCCUGCCGCGGAGGAGAAGUGGAUCGUGGGCGAGUUCAACUGCUCCUGCGUCGGCAUCUCCAAGUGCCUGGCGGCCUACUGCAAGGACGACACACCGAACGCGUGCUACACCGACAUCGCGGCGGAGGACCUUGCCGAGGCGGACCGGUACGGCAUCCUGAUGGGCAUCAAGGCAAGGUCUAUCUGCUCAGGAGCUCCGCCAUCCCUCGGCCCCGUGGACGUCUCAAAGAUCACUCGUGUCGCCAAGGACGACCUCGGCCUGCUACCGCAGCCCAAGGAUCCCAAGUUCAAGGGCGCCUUGUGCCAGAUCUACGUGCGGUCCGCGAAGUACGGUGGCUCGGACAAGAGCAACAACUGCCACCGCUACGACUCGAUCCCGUUUGCUAACGGCAUGAUCAAGGUGGGCAUGAGUUGCCAGCUGAUUCAUUACGUCCACCAGGAGCACGACGCCUUCUUCAGCACGUGCGCGAAUUUCGACUUCCUCAUUGUUCGUUGCAAUCCCGGUCAGAUCAAGGCCGAUGGUGGCGACCAGGGCAAAUUCGACGAUAGCAUGCGGGAGAUGCGCAAGCUGGGAAAGCAGGUCUGGCCCUCCCCUGACGUGAUGGAGUUCAUGGGCGCCAAAGACGCCCUCUGUAAGGUCGCGACCAUGAACAUCGGGCUGGAGGACACACUGUCGUUCUACGACCCAGUCGAGUUCGCCGCAGGCUUCAAGAAGACCAUGGCGUUCCAGCCCCGCGUGAUCAAGCAGAACCGUGGGUCUUCUGGCGAGGGCAUCUGGAUCAUCAAGCUGAAGGCCGGCAACUACUGUGGCACUUACGGCGAGCGCGUCUGCACCGACGACGAGGUGCUGGACCUGAUGGAGGCGAACGACAACCACGCGGAGGAGCACACGGUGGCGGAGUUCGUCGAGUUCUGCGUCAACGGCCGCACGGCCAAGUCUGGGACCUGGACCUCCAAGGGCGUCGGGAAGUACCUGGAGGGCGGCAAGGCGGCGGGCGGCAUGCUCGUGGACCAGCGCUUCUGCCCGCGCAUCGUCGAGGGCGAGCUCCGCUACAACAUGGUCGCCGACGUCCUCGUGGGAAUCAUCCACAAGAAGCCCAAGGAGGGCGGUAUCUCCGCCGUCGGCGGCACUGGCUCGAUCUACACCUUCUACGGGGGCGACGAGCCCAAGUUCAAGAGCCUCACCGUCAACUUCCUCGAGAAGGACCUCCCGCACGUCAUGCCGGCUCUCGGCCUGGCGGACGAGCCGAUCCCGCUCUGGUGGACCACCGACUUCAUCCUGGCGUCGCCAGAGGGCACUCCCGCGGAGCAGGAGAAGUGGAUCGUGGGCGAGUUCAACUGCUCGUGCGUGGGCAUCUCCAAGUGCCUGGCGGCGUACUGCAAGGACGACACGCCGAACGCGUGCUACGACGACAUCUCGGCCGAGGACAGAGUUGAGCUGAAGAUGUACGAGGGCUUCCUCGGGCAGAAAGCGCAGGAGCUCCUACGCAAGGGCGUCCCCCCGUCGGCGGGCCCAGUGGGUGUCGCAUCCCUCACGCGCAUCGCCAAGGACGACCUGGGCCUCAUGGACCAGCCGGUGUCCCCGAGCUACAAGGGCGCCCUCGCUCAGAUCUACGUGCGCAGCGCGAAGUACGGCGGCUCCGACAAGAGCAGCAACGGCCACAGGUACGACUCGAUCCCGUUCGCCAACGGCAUGAUCAAGGCUGGCAUGAGCUGCCAGCUGAUCCACUACGUCUGGCAGGAGCAUAACGAGUUCAUGAACGUGUGCAAGGGCUUCGACUUCAUCAUCGUGCGCUGCAACCCCGGGCAGAUCGCGGCCGACGGUGGCUCCCAGCAGAAGUUCGACGACGGCAUGCGCGGCCUCCGCAGAGCUGGCAUCCAGGUCUGGCCCUCCCCAGACGUGAUGGAGUUCAUGGGCGCGAAGGACGCUCUGUGCAAGGUGGCUACGCUGAACAUCGGCCUGGAGGACACCCUCUCGUUCUACGACCCCGCGGAGUUCGAGGCCGGCUUCAAGAAGACCAUGGCGUUCCAGCCCCGCGUUAUCAAGCAGAACCGCGGCUCCUCAGGGGAGGGCAUCUGGAUCAUCAAGCUCAAGGCCGGUAACUACUGCAAGGCCUACGGAGAGCGGUCUUGCACCGACGACGAGGUGCUGGACCUGAUGGAGGCGAACGACAACCACGCGGAGGAACACACCGUGGCCGAGUUCGUCGAGUUCUGCGUCAACGGCCGCACUGCGAAGUCUGGCACCUGGACCUCCAAGGGUGUCGGGAAGUAUUUGGCGGGCGGCAAGGAAGCGGGCGGCAUGCUGGUGGACCAACGCUUCUGCCCCCGCAUCGUAGAGGGUGAGCUGCGGUACAACUGUGUCGGCGACCAGCUGGUGGGGAUCAUCCACAAAAAGCCCAAGGAGGGCGGCAUCUCCGCCGUCGGCGGCACGGGCUCGAUCUACACCUUCUACGGCCCCGAGGAGCCCAAGUUCAUGAACCUCACCACGAAUUUCCUGAAGAAGGAUCUGAUCAAGGUCAUGCCCUCGCUGGGACUGGCCGACGAGCCGAUCCCGCUCUGGUGGACCACCGACUUCAUCCUGGCGUCGCCGGUCGGCACCCCUGCCGCGGAGGAGAAGUGGAUCGUGGGCGAGUUCAACUGCUCGUGCGUGGGCAUCUCGAAAUGCUUGGCGGCCUUCUGCAAGGACGACACCCCGAAUGCCAAGUACACCGACAUCGCGUACGAGGAUCUGGAUGAAGCCAACCGCUACGGCUCUAUCAUGGGCGACAAGGCGCUCAGCAUCAUGCGCCAGACGAAACCCAGCGCGGCUGGCGGCGGCGGGACGUUCAAGGUCGUGUUCCUGCGCCACGGGGAGAGCGACUGGAACGUCAAGAACAUCUUCACUGGGUGGGCCGACGUGGACCUCAGCGACAACGGCAAGAUCGAGGCGCUCGAGGCGGGCAGGAUGCUCAAGGACAAUGGCUUCAGGUUCGACAUCGUCUUCACGUCCGCGCUCAGGCGCGCCAUCAGGACCGCGUGGACCGCCCUGAUGGAGUCGGAUAACUUCUCGAUGCCAAUCAUCAACACCUGGAGGCUAAACGAGCGGCACUACGGCGGCCUGCAGGGGCUGAACAAGGCCGAGACCGCGGAGAAGCACGGCGACAAGCAGGUCAAGAUUUGGCGCCGCAGCUACGACAUCCCGCCGCCCACCAUCGCCGCGUCCGACCCGCGCCACCCCUGCAACGACCCGCUCUACCGCCACGUCCCCGCUGAGGCGCUGCCUGGCGCGGAGUCCUUGAAGAUGACGGUCGACCGCGUGCUGCCCUUCCUGAACGACACGAUUCUCCCGUGCGUCAUGGCCGGCAAGAGCGUGCUCGUCGCCGCGCACGGGAACUCCCUGCGCGCCAUCUGCAAGUACUUGGAAGGCAUGUCCGAGGAUGAGGUGCUGGAGCUCAACAUCCCGACCGGCGUGCCCCUGGUGUACGAGCUGGACUGCCAGCUGAAGGUCGUCAGCAAGUACUACCUGAUGGACCCUGAGGAGGUGGCGAAGAAGGUGGCCGCCGUCGCCAACCAGGGCAAGGCGAAGUGA